CCUUCUUCUUGAGAAGUGUAAAAACACCAAAAAAUGGAGAAACAAAUCCUUGAUUUCUCUCUAGUUCCAUUAGGUCUCUGUUUACUUCUAUCUUACCAUAUAUGGCUUCUCCAUCGAAUCAUACAUCAUCCAACCACCACUGUCAUCGGCAUCAAUAUCAUCAACAGACGUUUAUGGGUCCGAACCAUGAUGGAGGACACUUCCAAGAAUGGAAUUCUUGCAGUGCAGACACUGCGAAACAAUAUAAUGGCGUCGACAGUAUUAGCAUCUACAGCAAUCAUGCUUAGUUCAGUAGUUGCAAUGAUCAUGGCUAACUCGAAAGCUAGACCAUCUGGUGAAAUAGUUUUUGGAGGUCAAAGUGAAUUAGGGUUAUGGAUCAAGUUCUUCUCAAUCUUGGUUUGUUUUCUUUUAGCUUUCUUGUUUAAUGUACAAUCUAUAAGAUAUUACAGUCAUGCAAGUAUACUGAUAAAUGUGCCGGUGAAGAAGAUGAUAAGUCCACAUUUGACGGCAGAAUAUGUGGGGAAGACUGUGAUUAGAGGGAGUUUUUUUUGGUCACUGGGUUUAAGGGCAUUUUACUUUUCUCUUCCAUUGUUUUUAUGGUUAUUUGGUCCUAUACCUAUGUGUUUGUGUUGUGUUUUGCUUGUUUUUAUGCUUUAUUUUCUGGACGUUACUUAUGACUUUGGAGAGUUUGUUGAGGAGGAGUUGGUAGCAUUACACUAUUGA